AUGACAAGAAAUGUCGUUAUUCUAGGUGCUGGCGUCUCGGGCCUCACCGUUGCCUACUUGUUAUCGAAGCAGACUCAAUACAGUAUCACAGUGCUUGCUAAGCACAUGCCUGGGGAUUACGACAUUGAAUAUGCUUCACCAUGGGCUGGUGCCAAUUAUAUGCCUGUCGCAAAUGAAGGAACAAGGCAUCAGGAAUGGGAGACCAAUACUUGGGCACCGUUGAAAGCCCUGGCUGAAAACCACCCAGAAUCAGGAGUCUAUUUUCAAAAGGCGGUUGUGUACAAUCGGAAGAAGGACUUAGAGCCAGGGGGGAGACUUGUUCACAGACUUAGUGAAACCUGGCCCGUGUAUAAAGAGUUCUCCCAGCACGAACUAAGCCCCGAGAUGGAUAACGGUCAUGAGUACACCUCCGUGUGUAUAAAUACCGCGAUGUAUCUUCCGUGGCUUGUGGGCCACUGCGUGAAGGCCGGGGUGGUAUUCAAGAGAGCCGUCGUGAAGCAUAUUGCAAAUGCUGCUACUGGUCACCACUCCGGAAAAAUGGCUGAAGUGGUGAUUAACUGUACGGGAUUAUCGUCCAACGCUCUUGGUGGAGUUAUGGACGAAAAUAUGCGUCCUGCCCGCGGUCAGAUAGUUCUAGUGCGCAACGAUGCUGGACCAAUGUGGACAACCUCCGGAACUGACGACGGCACUGACGAAGCGGUGUAUACCAUGACCCGUGCCGCUGGCGGUGGAACUAUCCUAGGAGGCACUUACCAACUGGAUGAUUGGAAUCCAAACCCGGACCCAAAAACUGCAGAGCGUAUCAUGAAGCGAGCAGUCGCAAUCGCACCGCAGCUCGUCGGACCUGGAGAGGAGAUUGAGGGCCUUGAUGUCAUUCGACAUGGUGUUGGUCUAAGGCCAUGGCGUAAAGGCGGACCUCGGGUUCAGAAGGACCAGAUAGAUGGUGUCAAGGUUGUGCACAACUAUGGGCACGGUGGCUUUGGAUAUCAAGCAUCUUUUGGCUGUGCUGACGAAGUGGUCACUUUGGUUGAUGAGCUGCUGGAGGGCAGGUCUCGAUCUAACCUUUGA